CUCAACUCCACUCUCUCUGUCUUCUUCUGACUGAUAUAAUAACUCAAUGCAUUCAUGAUCAGUCAUUCACUACUCCCUUCCAAAUCAACUUUUAUUUUUAUUUACAAAUUGAUAAUUAAUUAAAGAGGGAAAAAAAAAUCUCUAUUACUAAUUAUAUCCAUGUACAAAACCUAUCUAUCUAUCUAUAUAUACGCAGGCAAGGAAAAAGGGUUUCUGUAGUUGGGAUUUGUGGAGUUAUAAAUGGAAAGAAAACAAGAUUGUCAAGAAGGGCUGCAGAACUCAAACAUUACUAUAAAUGGAGAUGAUAAUCAUCAUCAUCAUCAUCAUAUUGAUGAUGAUGAGGAUUUGUCUUUGCUCAAGAGAGAAAUUGCUUGCCAUUCUUUGUAUAGCCUCUUGGUUGAAUCCCACCUCAACUGCUUGAAGCUUUGUUUAGGUGAGAUGGAGACUAUUGAAAAUAUUGCAAUGAAUCAUCCUAUGACUGCAAUUCCAAACCAGCAUGCCAAGUUAUUCACAGCCGAUCGAUCAGAGCUGGGCAAGUUUAUGGAAGCUUAUUGUGAGACCCUAAAGAAGCUAAAAGAAGAAAUGGAGGAACCUCAGCAAGAAUCAAUGGAAUUCAUUAAUCUCAUGUAUUCUCAACUUGAUGAGCUUCUACUCGACAUUCCUUCCUCUAGAGGCAGUGAAAUUAUAAAGUCAGAUGGAGAGUGCAAAUAAUUUUUAUUUUUAAAGGUUUGUAAUAUUUUAUUGACGAGAUAAAAGUUAACUAUUUUGGAUCCGAAUUUGAAAUUUUAUGCCUUUGCGGAUUGGUGUU